AUGCUUCGGACCUCUUUGCGGUCUGUCUCAGGCCCUUCAAGCCGACAUGUUUGUCUCUCCUGUCUAGCUCGCCCCGGUGCGCUCGGUUUGCGCCAGUUUCAUCGCAUAUCUGCCCUCCGUACCGAUUCAGGCGAAACCAAGCCGGAAGCCAAUUCAUUUGACGCGUCGAUCCAACCUCCAGCGCCACCGCCGCCCAAUGGUCAGACUCCAGAGAUAAAAGAUGGCGCUUCUUCCGAACCCCAGAAAUCCUCGCGGCCGCCUGAUUCACCGAGGGUACUCACUGCUGCUACAUGGGCUCAGAUGAAUAAACCGCAACGAAGGAAUUACAGAAACAGGCAUAGCGCGUUGUUCAACAAGUUCAGGGAGUCAAUGUUAGCCAACAGAGAAAUAACACUCAAAGAAGCAGUGGAGUUAGAAAUUGCGCGGACCAAAACAACAGAGCAAGAAGCAGCACCGUUGGAGGCCCCCAUCCCAGAGACCGCACUUUCAGAGGCAACCCCGUCAAAGGAAGCUCCAUCAGAGGCAGUACGGGUGGAAGCAGACCAAAUCAAGGCCUUGCAACAGAAGAUGAGGGCAACGGAAUUGGAAGCCAGACGGGAAAGAAAGGCCAAAUUCAAGGCGGAAAAAUCGCUGGCCAAUGCUAAACAGGAGGCUAAAAUAUUGAAGGGAAAGGAGAAAGAAAGCCAACUCAAGGCCGAGAUUGCAACAGACGGCCCAGCAGAUACGCCAGCGGCCAGUGAACCCAAGGAGACGCUCAACUUGAAGUCCACUAGUAAUGUGGUGGCCCAAAUAUUGGAAACUAGCUCCGAGAACGGUGUUGCAAGUCUGAAUGAGCCAUCACUCGAGGCCGAGAGGGAAGAGAAGGAGAAGGAGAAGGAGAAAAAGAAGAAAGAGGAAGAGGAAGAGGAUGGGGGUGAGUGGAGUUGGUCGCCUUGGGACGAUAAGAGUCAAUCCCUUCCUUUCCUUGAGGAUCACGUUACGUCUAGGGACCGCGGGUCUCUUAACUCAAAGGACCGGAACGUGCACUUGAAAGAGGUGCGUACCCCCAUGCCUCCUGUCCCACGCGUCGCCUUUGGUCUCGACCGAGUGCUUUUCAACCCCGGUGUCUACCAGCUACGCGACCCUCGGUCUCUUGUCUACAAUUUCGACCCCUACCUAGACCAGAUCAUGCCCGUGUCGGAAUUUGACUUUGAUACCUUGAAGCCGUACGUCACCUCCUCUAAAGAUGUGACGGCUUGCGAAAUGACCAAGAAACACGAAAAGAAGUACUAUGGCUCGUCCUCGAGCAUGACUUCAGUUCUCUCUCAUUUCCAUUAUCUUCUGUCCGCGUGGCGGCCUGUCGAUACUUCCAAACUUACUCAAAGUUACGGAGACCCUCUACGCUCCUUCACCCGUCUCCUUCGAGCGCCGACUGCCAUGUUCCUCCGUUAUAAUGAGAAGGAGGAUAUCUACGCCAUUGAUGCCGAUAAGGAAUACGACACAGCUAAUAUUCUUAUGCACCUGGGCAAGUCAAUGGAGAAGCAACUCACGCUGCCAAAGGAAAAGUUUGAACGCUACCGCCGCAGCGAUGCGAACAAGAUCACUGCCGAGGAAGAAGCAAGCGUCCCGGAGUCAUAUCACUACAGCACCAUAGGCAAGUUCCUUCUGCGAUCGCAACUCGACGCCUACGACCCCAGACUGCCAGGUACUGGCAUGUUCGACUUGAAAACACGUGCGGUAGUUUCGAUUCGCAUGGAACCCUUGGAGCACAAGCGCGGAAUGGGCUACGAGAUCAGACGCCGCUUUGGAAAGUGGGAGUCUUACGAACGCGAAUACUUCGACAUGAUCCGCGCCGCCUUCCUCAAGUAUUCCCUGCAGGUACGCGUUGGCCGCAUGGACGGCAUAUUCGUCGCAUAUCACAACACAGAGCGCAUUUUCGGUUUCCAAUAUAUCACCCUCGAAGAGAUGGAUGAGGCUCUACACGGCUCGUCCAACACAGAACUCGGCGACACAGAAUUCGAACUGAGUCUCGGUCUGUGGGAGAAGAUUUUGGAUAAGGCAACGGAGAGAUUCCCCAAAAAGUCUCUGCGUUUCCACUUUGAGACCUGCGAGGGUCCCACCCCCUUCAUGCACAUCAUCGCCCAACCCGUGACGGACGAACAAAUCGACGCCAUCCAGUCAAAGAACCAAGCUCAAGUCGAUGCCAUCACGGAACGCCUCUUCUACCCGGAUCGGUUCGAUGGCAGCGAGGCGACGGAAUUCGAACCCGAAGCCGAAGCCGAACCUGAACCUGAACCGGAAGCCGAACCCGAACCUCCAAAAGAGAAUACGGAAGCCGAAGCGAAAUCCAUCGGCAAUUCCCUCGCCGACGCCCUCUUCCCAAUAGAUCCAGCCGAGAGCGCUGCCGAGCAAGCCGCUGAGCUAGAAUACGACACCUCAUUCGAGCUCCCCGGCCUCAACCCAGACUCCAUAGCCGAACCGAAACCCAAACCCAGAAAGCCCAGAUUCGUGCCCAACCCCAACUUAUGCACCGAUUACGACGAGAACUUGCUCGCUAUGACACUCGUCAUAAAUAACAAAGUGAACGGAGCUCCAGUGGAGCGACCGGGACACUUCACCAAGUCUGAUAAAUGGACGAUUGACUACGAGCUCGACGAGAUCAGUGUUGAGCAGGGCAAUGCUGUUCUGCAGGCUGUUAAGAGACGUCGCAAUCUUGCUCUGAGGAAGAACGUGCAAGAUCAUUCGAAUGACUUUUUCGCGGGUUUGCAAAAGCUUGCUGAGAAAGGACGUGCUUUCCGGAAGCGUUUGGAUAAGAUUGAUCGUGACCGUGGGAUUCUUGUUUAUAAGGAUUCUUGUGAUAUGGAUGUUUAA